GGGUCUUUAGUCUUUGUAGGAACGUAGUUCGCGUCAGUCGUACGUGCGUAUCAUACAAUUUUAUAUUACGUUACCGAGACACGUCGUAUAAUAUAAACGCGUAGCAUAAAGGCGAAUGCCCGUGGGUUUCUUCAUUAUUUUUCGGCGGAGGUUCGGGUACGCGCCAGUAUUUGUUUACGAUAUGCGAAUAUGUGUUUAGUUCGUGAACUGUGUGGAAAGUUUGGGAAAAAUAACUGUGCCAUGAUGGGUUUGCAAGCAACCACAACAGCAGUAGCGGCCGGAAAACGCAAACUUGAAUCCUUGGAAGCCGAAGCAUCUCCCGCCAAGAACGGCAAAUGGGACAAUGUCCAGUCGGACGAUUGUAUCGCCCGCCUAAGGGCGGUGGCGGUACCGACGGCGGACGCCUGGCGUUCCCCCACCCCCUCCCUCGCCGCCUCCCUCCUCAGCGAGGACGAGUUCGACGAGGACGAAUUCGAUGAGGACCUGAGCGACGACGAAAAGUGCGUCGGAGUCGUUCCACCCUCGUUCGAAACCCCCCGGUUUACCACCCCGGUACCACAACAAGUGUAUGCAAGGUACCAAACGCCUUCCGAAUACUGGCAGUACUACCAGCCGCCCCAACAACAAACCAUCCGAUGCGAAGAGAACGGGAAAUCUUACCUGGAACUGGGGGCGUCCCCGCAAGUGAAGCAGAGGGUGCGGUGUUGCGAUGGCAGGACGCGGUGGUGCCACGUCCCCUGCUACCGACAAAGAAGGCUGGCUGUGUUAAACCUAUCCAUGUGCAAACUGGCUAGGUAUAGACAAUGUUCGGACCCCUCGCUGCGUCGCUCUGUCCUUAUCUGUAACACGUUAAGGAGGUUAGAGAGGGAGAUGGAAACGGAUCCUCCGGAGCCUAGCUACACUACCAUACUACCUGAGAUGACUCCUCCGACGAAACCUUGCCCCGUUGAACCAAACAGCUACGAGCAGAGUUUGAGGGAGAUGGCGUGCUCGUCGGGUAGGGCGACCCCUUUUCCUUCUGCCGCCCCCGAUACGGAUUCCGGCCUAGGGGACGAGGACAGCGAUAUGACCCGACCGAUCAAUUGGGGUUCGGUGUUAAGUUUAACCUCCCAAACGGACUUGGAGUCUUUGAACAAUAACGAACUGUACGCGGAACUUGGUUUGAGUGGUACCAGUGAGGUAGAACCGUCCAGCUCACGGACUGACAGUAUAAACGAGUGGGAUGGGUUCAUGCACGUGCUGGUGGGCGGCUCGUAGCAGUAAAUAUUAAAUAUUUUUCGGUGUUUUUUACUCAGGUUGUGAUCUAUUUUGUAAUUUAACGAACAAAUUGGUUCGUUCUUUUUUCUCUUUUUUUUUUUGAUGCCCGAUUGAUGACUGAUGUGGACUUUGGUACUUAUUCUUAAUAAUUGAGUAAAACGCAAUUCCGAUCUCAGUCGCUCAAUUUUCGUAUGAAUGUGAUCGUGUGUAUGUACUUCACGCAGCGUAGACGAUUUUAUAUUUUAAAAAAAUCUACGAUAUAGUCGCUCUACGCUGCGUAGCUCAAUAGCACUUAAGAGAAAAAUGAUAUUAAAGCCCCUUUGGCAUUUAUUAUCUGUACAUAUUAUAGUUUUAACAGUGUACAUAGACAUAAUGUAUAUAAGAGAAACUAUAAAUAGGCACUAUAUAAAUAUGUUUGUAUAUAAGUAAAAGAGAGGAAGAAGUUUCUAUAACUGAUGUUUUAAGAUUAAAUGUGAAAUUUUUAAUAUUGGCCGUAUAAUACGACCCGGCGAAUUGUCAUUUUUAUGUUUGUUAGUAGAUCAGUUCCUUGAGCCGAUUACGGUGUGGCUUAAGACCAGAAAUUUCCGUGUACGUGUUUGAAAACGUUGACGUAUUUUUAUCAAUCAGUCUUUGAUAAAUCGCCUAUUUUAAAGGAACCACGCUAUAAAUUAUUGCAUUGUUGGGUUCUACGUGAAAUUCUAGACCUAUUUUUAUAAAGAAUGUCCUUAAACUAAAUAAAUAUAGCCGUUUUAGAGAUUUACAUUUUUAAGUCAUCAGACGAUUAUGUAGAAUGUUGCGUAGAAUUCAAAAAUAGAAUAAUAAAAUAACUUCUCAAUAUAGACCACGUCCGAAAGUCUCAAUAAAUAAAGUUUUCAUAGCAAAAAUAUAUGAUAACUUGGUCAUUUUAAAAAGAGACAUCCUGUAUAUUAUUGCAUUUUUGGAUUCUGCGUAAAAUUCUACACAUAUUUUAUAUAUUUUGUCGUAUACCUAAGUAUGACUGUUUAUGAGAAAUUUUCUUUUUUAUGUCAACAUUGCUAAAAAUUUCCAAAAAUGUAAUAACAAAUUAAAUUUUAUUAUAGGGUGUCCCACGGCGUAAUUUUGUCUUUAAGCAAUAAAUUGCUUUUACGGAAAUCUAUGAUAACUAACUUAUUUUAAAUAGGACAUUCUAUAUAAUUAUGCAUUUUUCUAUUCCGCGUAGACAAUAACCUAUACCUAUGUUUAACUGUUUUCGCGCUGCUAUUUUCUUUUUUCUGUCAAUAUUGAUGAAAAAUGGGUAAAUUUUCAAUAAAAUAUUAAAGUUUAAGGGUUUUUGAGAUACUUUAAUUUUUCUGUCAAUAUUGAUAAAAAAUGGGUCGAUUUUAACUGAAAAACUGAAAUAUAUUAUCAAAAACUUAUAAAUUUUACCAUAUGACAAACGAUCUGAAAAUUGUUUAGAAUUUUACUUAGAAUCCGAAAAUGUAAUAAUCAGAUAAUAUUUCAAUAUACAGGAUGACCCAUGACGAACUUUCGGUUUUAAAGAAUAAAGCUGUUUUACCCUAAAUCUAUUACAACUCGCUUAUUUUAAAUGGGACAUAUUGUAUAUUUAUGUAUUUCUAUAUUCUGCUUAGAAUUCUAAAUACAUUUCAUUUAUAUAUAAUUUCAUAAAUCCUAUACCUAAAGUUUAAACGUUUUUGAGAUAUUAUUUUAAUUGUUCUGUGAAUAUUGGUGCAAAUGGAUUAAUUUUAAUUGAAUUGAAAAAAAUUAAAUUGAAUUUCUUAGAAUCAGAAAAUGUUAUAAUAAUACAAAAUCUCAAUAUACAGGGUGUCCCAUGACAUACUUUCAUCUUUAAGAAAUAAAGUUGUUUUACCGAAAAUCGCCUGUCAAAUGUGACACACUGUAUAUUUAUGUAUUUGAUAUGACAUUGUCUAUGAGACACUGUAUAUUUAUGUAUUUUUGAAUUCUGCAUAAAACUCUAAAUAUAUUUUAUAUCUAAUGUCCCAUACCUAAGUUUAACUGUUUUUUGCAAUAUUUUCAUUUUUUUCUCAAUAUUUUUGCAAAUAGAUAUAAUUUGACUUAAAAUUGAAAUAUUUCAAACAACGCUAAAUUUAAGCAUAUGACAUGCUUUAUGAAAAUUGUCUAAAAUAAUGCGUAGAAUACAAUAAUAUUAUAAUAAAAUAACUUCUUCAUAUACAGGGUGUCUUACAACAUACUUUCGCCUUCAAGAAAUAAUGUUUUUUUUUCUGAAAAAUCUAUGAUAACUCACUUAUUUUAAUUAUGAUGCCCUAAAUAUUCAUGCGUUUUUUAAUUGUGUGUAAAAUUUCAGAAAGAUUUCGUAUAUAAUGUCCUACACCUAAAUUUAACCGUUUUUGAGAUUUUUUUUUCAAUUAUGAUGGAAGUGAAUCAAUUUUGACUUAAAAAUUGAAUUAUUUCGAAAACCGUUAAAUUUAAGCAUACGAUGUGCUAUAUGAAAUUCGCUUCAAAUUUUACGUACAAUCUAAAGAUUCUGACUUAAAAGUUGUCCCAUUUAAAAUAAGCGAUCUAUCAUCGAUUCUCUAUAUACAUCUAAAGCCACACUGUUUCGUUAAUUAGUAAGUUUUUUCGCCGGGUAAUUAAUUCUAGUCAAUCCACCACAGGGUACGCCCGUUUUGCCAAGAAGUCUAGCCAGUAUUAGGUUUCAUAACAAAAAAACAAAAUUCAAUAAAAAAAACAUUGAACCGUCCGAUUUUGACUUCUUGAAUGUUCGGGUGUCCCCGGUGUGGCGAAUGUUUCUUAAUUGUACGCCAUAAUUCAAUAGUAGCUCUUAAGGUCCAUGAUUUCCACGAUUUAAGGUGGGAUAUCCUCCCCCAACCAACCCCCUCCUGAAAAUUAAGUUUUUUUUGGUUAUUUUACUGAUUUCUUGCCAUAUUUUUCGUUUAAAAAAACAGAAGAUUUUGCUUUUUUUGGAAAUUUUUAAGCUGGAACCGAAUAAUACAAUAUGAGGGCACAAACUACGACUGUUAAAAUUUAAUGGAUUUUAAUACAUUUUUUUUUGUCAUUUUUCAACAUAAUUAUAUGGCAAUCAUACAUUUCUAAGGUAACAAAAGAUAAUUUUUAAUAGUUUUUUCAAAAAAAACAACAAAGGCUGGCAAUAAGGAUUUUAACGCACUGGAUUUAAUUAAGGAUUUCCGAUAAUUAAAAAUGUUUUCUCGCCUUUUUUUUGUGGAUUUUCGAAAUCCAAAUUAAAUCCACUGCGCAGGUUAGCAAAAAUUACUGACCCAUCACAUCGACGUCUCGUCAAUAAUUACGUUUACGUACAACACUUGGAUGUGUGCAAAUAAACAUGUGAUAUCAUCAUGUAAUAUGUUAGGUGUUAAAAAAUUAUUAAAUCGGUAUAUUAUACAUAUUACCUCAUUUAUUGUUUUAUAUUUUUAUGUUUUAAUAUAUUAAAUUAAACAUUU